AUGCUUAGCCUGACCGGAGAUGUUCUUAUCCUUGUAGAUGCAAGUGACAGCAUACAGCUAGAAAACUCGUUGUAUAGGAAAUGUCUCACCCAUGAUGGCGCUGGGAACCCCGCAGUUGGGAAAGCAUGUGAUCCUGACGACCCUAACCAAGAAUGGCGCUGGAUCGAACAUCUCAUUUUACAAAACAUUGGUUCUGGACAUUGUCUGGAGGGGUUUUCAACUCAACCUAAUUUUCGUAUGCAGGAGUGUGAUUUUUUGUCAAAACAACAACAUUUUACUUGUAUUUUCAAUUUUAUAAGAGGCGAUACAAAUGUCUGCCUCGAUGAUAGUACAUUACAAAUGAUAUCUGGUAGUGAUACUACUGUGCACGAAAGCCAGUGCAAAUGGAAGAUCUUUGGUGCUUCGAAUGACAGGUCUAUUUGUAAUACGACGACAGGUAUGUGUAUGUUGGUAAGUGGCCGAGUUACUCAGUAGGACUCUACUAAGAAACAAGGUCUCCUGGCACAUGGUCAAAUUUGAUGAAACUUCUACCACUUGUGCUGGCUCGUAUUAAUUGACCAGUUCUGUGCAAAAUGCAAAACUUUCAAUUUUCCAACGCAAGUCCGCCGCGAGCCUUGGUGCGCUGGGAGAAAGGUAAAAAUUUUCGGCGAAAGAGAAAUUUUCGAAACAUACAUUAAUUUAACACAUUUUUGAGAACGUGCGUAUUUCAUUCUCCCUCCACCAGUUUAAUUGAUGCGGACCACACUUCCCUAUAAUCAUUUUAAAGCAAAUUUUCCCUAUUACUUUUCAGUACAAUCUGCCAGUAUUUCACGUACAAACUGCCCGAUGGCAAAGUUGAAUCUUGUAUGUAGCAUCACAGCCCCACACUCUCGUACGGCGUGUGUGGUAAAUAAUGUUUCCUGGUGUACGCACUUUCAAUUAAUGUGUUUAAGAAAAAAUGUUUUCUGCUUUGCUUACCUUCUAGAAACAUGACUAGGAAGUCAUUUUUUCUGAUCUAGCCCAUCUUCAGGAAAUACAGAUUUGAAACAGCAAAAUCAAUGUUUCCUUGGUUUGUCCUCAGCUCACCUGCAGGAAAGAUAGCUAAGAAAAUUGCUUCCUGAUUUUGCCCACGUACAGGAAAUUUAGCUAUGAAACAAUGUUCUAUAACACGUUUCUAGAUCACGUGUUCUAGUGUGACGUCGUCUAACGCUAUUUGUUACCUUUUUUGUAGAAACUCGUAAAUGGUGGAGACUGACAUUAAACCGUGCACUUGAUGUUAGCAGUGGACUGAGUCCUUUGAUAAUGUUUGCAAAGAAAAAUUCUAUUCCUAAUAUGUUCAUGCUGGAUAGCACAGGAAAGGAACAGAACUUGAAUGGAGGACUAAAUAUAUUAUCCGUAGCACCACAUGCUGUAUGGGGAAUAAAUUCUUUAUUUGCAUUGUAUGUCGUAGGUAGGUUUCUCCAUAAUGAAAUAAAUGUUUUGGGGAAUUCGUUGGUUUAUGUUUGCUUAGAUAUAUGUAAAAAAUAUGGUAAUUCCUUAUAGUUAUCGUACGUAUUGUAUUUCCAGAAUUUCAAACAAUACAAAAAACUCAUUAGAACGAAUUAACUAAUUAUAACAAAUUAAGAGGCGACUUUCUUUAAUGUUGUGUAUUUGAGAUGAAAAAUGUUCAAAAACUAAAAUCGUUUUGGCGUUCCUCUCAAAAUUACUUUGUUUUUGCUUUAUUUUGUAUUUUAAUUAAACAGUUAGCAACAUUUUUAAAUGCAUCUGGCGAUUGAAAAACACAAAAUAAUAGUUAAAUAUUGUUAAUUAAAAAGAAAGGAUUAUUUAAUCAAUGUUUGUAAAUCGGAUACAGAAGUUCAUUAAACGGGGAAGAUGUAGUCUAGUCAUUAGUUUUAGGCGCGUGUUAUGUCAUAUACAAAAGAUUCUCCGAAUUAGACCAAAUUAAUCAAUUUAAAGUCAGGUAACUUUUUAAAGCGCGGUUCCCAUAUUUGUUGUAAAUAUUCACAAUUACGUCGGUCAACUUGGACAUUACGUUGCAUUGCAUGUGUUACGUUGGUCAAGUUGCUUACUUCGUUGCUGAUAUGUUGUUGCCAAGCGGUGAGAUAUCACGCUUGUAGGCCUAAGGUCAAUGCAGAGUUUGUACAAUGAACUUUUUUCAUUCUAGAACAAGAAUAUUUAGCGUUUGGUAGUGACCAUGCUCCCUGGACAAAAAUUGGUGAUAGUUAUAAAUUUCUUGACUUCUCGGUGCCUGGAAAAGGGUUCGUUGUCAAAACAAACGAACAAUUUUGUGUUAGACUAGGAAUUACAGAGAAUAAUCCAAUAGGCGAGGGUUGGUCAUGUCAGCCAUCAUCUGAAACUAUUCAACAUUUCUCCUGUGGCGUCACUGGAUGCUUUGCAAUCAUUGGUGGGAUACUUCAUUUUAGACAAGGCAUAACGGAUUCUGUUCCCCUUGGACAGGUAUGA